UACAUAAGUAAACCUUAGAGUCUAAAAUUUUUGGAAUUUAUAAGAAGAUUAUUCUUCGAAAAAUACAUGGCCUGAUGAUUAUAUUGGCAGUAAUUAUUUUAUUUUUCUGCGGUAUUUUUCCGACGGAAAAGUUAUUGGUUCAUUGCAAUAGUUGGAUUGAUCUAGCAAAUACCGCAAUUUUGCCUACCCAAAAACAAUGUGGCAAGGUCGGUAUAUCGAAUCGUAUUAUGGGCGGCGGCGAGACCUAUAUUGAUGAAUUUCCCUGGACAGCGUUACUUCUAUACAAAAACGAAAGCUCCGGCGAAUUGGGUUCACUUUGCAUGGGUUCACUGAUUAACCAAUAUUACGUGAUCACCGCAGCACAAUGCGUAAGCGAGGAUAAGAUUAAAGCUGAUAUAACCUUGCAGGGGGUGCGCUUGGGCGAAUGGAAUAUUGUAACCAAAACGGAUUGUGAAAAUUCUCAAAGUGGCCGUGAAUUUUGUGCUCCACCACCUGAGGAAAGAGGCAUCGCUAAUAUAAUAAUACAUCCGAAGUUCAACCCAAGGAAGAUGACUAAUGACUUAGCCUUGAUACGUAUGACCAAAAAAGCCGAAUAUACAGAAUUCGUUAGUCCCAUAUGUCUACCGCUACAAAAGGGCCAACAGUAUUUAGGCUAUGCUAAUAGCACAGCGGAAAUCUCGGGUUGGGGUGAAAAUAAAGCAGCUGCGCGUAGUAGAACUAAAACAAAGGCAAGGGUAAAAAUACUAAAUCUCAUCGAUUGUGUGGAUACUAUUACUCGCAGUGGGGGCUAUGGUUACACCUAUUCAUCUUUUCUGCAAACUUGUGCUAUGGGUGAUGGUAUAGCGGCCUGCAAACUUGAUACCGGUGCUCCGCUUAUGGUUCAAGAUACGAAAAAUAAAAUUACUUCGUAUUAUUUGAUCGGGGUGUUCUCAAGCGUGGAAGGCACAUGUGAGCUGAGGAACUCACCAAAUAUAUAUACACGUAUUUAUCCACAAAUCGAUUGGAUUCAAAAAGUCGUUAAUUCGUAG